GGAACCGACGCGCCGCUCCUCGGCUGCUCUUCUUUCCACGGAGUUCACCUCGUUUCCCCCCCGGCUCUGAGCUCCGUUCUCCGGUGUGCGCUCUGACAGAGAACCGGCUCUGGGCCCCGCUUUCCGCUCCGACAGAGUCCCAGCGCCAUGUCCUCGCCCGAGGAGCUCCAGCUCAGUCCCUCGGCCGGGGCAGAGCCGCAGGACGGUGCCCUGAAGCCGUCCACAGUGAACCGUGUGCUCAUGGAGUUCCUGAUGUACCUGGGCCGGAGCGUGCUGCUCCUCUACCCCGUGUACCUGACGGGCUCCCUGGGGCUGAGCGUGAGCUGGGUGCUGCUGGUCAUGCUGCUUCUCACCUGGUGGAGCAAGAACCGCGAGUGGAAAGAGGCGCGCAUCGACUCCGCGCUCGAGCUACUGGACAACGAGACCCGAGUGAUCCACGCGGAGCUCCAGAGCACCCUGCAGCACGCGUCCUGGGUUCAUUUUCCUGAGGUGGAGAAAGUGGACUGGGUCAAUAAGGUUCUGGAACAGGCUUGGCCCUUUUUUGGAAUGUUUAUGGAGAAAUUAUUAAGAACCAACAUUCAGCCUGCUGUCCGACAGUCCAACCCCGCUCUGAAGACCUUCACCUUCACCAAGGUGCACUUUGGACACGUGCCCCUGAGGAUCACUGGGAUGAAGGCUUACACACAUGAGGUGGAUCAGAGAGAGGUGAUUCUGGAUCUUAAUAUCAGUUGGUCUGGAGACGUGGACAUUGACGCAGAUGUGAAGCCUCCCAUCACCGCCGGAGUGAAAGGGCUCAAACUGCAGGGGAUGAUUCGCGUGAUUCUGGAGCCCCUGAUUGGCCAGGUUCCUUUAGUGGGUGGAGUCACCUUCUUCUUCAUCAGACGCCCUACUCUGCAGAUCAACUGGACUGGAACCACCAACCUCCUGGACAGCCCGGCCUUCAGCUCUCUGUCUGAGGAGACCAUCAUGGACAUCAUCGCCUCCAUCAUGGUGCUGCCCAACAGAAUGUGCUUCCCACUCAUCGACCAGGUUAAAGUGGACCAGAUGAGGUUCCCCAUGCCCCGGGGGGUGGUCCGUGUUCACCUGCUGGAGGCCAGGGACCUCAUGGCUAAAGACACGUACAUGAUGGGGCUGGUGAAGGGGAAGUCGGACCCUUAUGCCACGCUCCGAGUCGGCAACAGAAACUUCAAGAGCAAAACCAUCAAAGAAAAUCUGCACCCCAAAUGGAACGAGGUCUACGAGUUUGUGGUGCACGAGGCCCCGGGGCAGGAGCUGGAGGUGGAGCUGUUCGAUGAAGACACGGACAAAGACGACUUCCUCGGACGGUACAAUCUGGACCUGGGGGAGGUGAAGAAGAACAAAGUCAUGGACCAGUUGUUCACACUAGAGGGCGCUCAGACUGGAGAGAUCCACCUCAGACUGCAGUGGCUUUCUCUGCACACUGACCCGCACCUGCUCAAAGAGACGAAUGACGGUUUGGCCUGUGCCAUGUUGGCCGUUUACCUGGACAAUGCCUCUGGUCUCCCGAAAGACCACAGUGAGUUCAGCCAGCAUCAGAAACACGGCAAGCACGUCAAAGAGGCUCGGUUGACAAAGAGAACGGUGAACCCCAACUCGUUUGUGGAGCUGUCUGUGGAUAAAGACGUGCAGAAGAGCAAGGUGGUGUACGCGUCCAAAGACCCCGUGUGGGAGGAGGGCUUCACGUUCUUUGUGCACAACAUCAAAACACAACAGCUCCAAGUGCAGGUGAAGGAGCCAGAGAAGAAGACUCCUCUGGGCGUCCUGACUCUUCCUCUGAGCCGCCUCCUGCACAUCUCCAACAUGACCCUGGACCAGCGCUUCCUGCUGGAGAGAUCAGGCGCUACAAGUCAGAUCAAACUCAAGGCCACGCUCAGGAUUCUGACAGAAGAGAAACCUCAUCCUAAGAUCGAUCCAGCUCCGCUCAAACCCUCGACUGUGCAGACCAAUCACAGCUCUCCUCCAGGCUCCGCCCCUCAGACAGCUAGCCACGCCCCUCCAAACCAGAGCUCUACCCCUCAUGCCCGAAACUCCGCCCCCUGGACCCAGUCCCCGGUCCAAGUCCCGGAGUCCGGAGCUAAACCCCCGUCCCAGAAUCCCAGCUCUGCGCCGGGCUCUCACACGCUGCGCUCCCCCUCCUCCUCCAGCAUGAGGCGCUACGACUCCCAGAGCCUGCUGUCCGACAACUCCAUCGCCUCGUCACGCUUUGACCUGGCGGAGGGCGCCAACUACCCCGAAGCUGUGAGGAACCACGGUGGCUCGUUCGGGGAGAUCCAUCUCACUGUGAAAUACGCCACUCUCAGGAACAAGCUCAUCGUGCUGGUGGACGCCUGCAGAGACCUGUUUCCGUGCAGUGAAAAUGGCACAGAUUCAUACGUUCGUCUGUAUCUGCUCCCGGAUCAAACCUGGACUCACAGAAAGAGAACUCACGUGAAAAAGAGGACCCUAAACCCGGUCUUCAACGACAAGUUUGAGUUUGACAUCUCUUAUGAAGAAGCUAAAACUCGGAAACUGGACGUAGCUGUAAAGAAUCACAAGAUGUUCCACACGCGAGAGAGGAAAGACAUCGGCAUGGUGAUGCUGGAUCUGGCUCAGCUGGAUAUUAUGAGAGGAGUCACAGACUGGUUUGAGCUCUCACUUCCAGGGCUGAAGAGAUAGAACAGAAACUGGAUUACCAAUAGACAUAUAAUGAACAGUGUGUACAGCCUUCACCAACAGAUUUAUAUCAUAACAAAUAUACAACACAAUUCAGUCUAAAGCAAGUCUAGACUUGGAUUUAGUCCUGAUUCUUCUUUAGACCUGGUUAAUAGAGCUGGUUUAGUCCUGGUUUUAGACCUGGAUUUGUCCUGAUUUUACACCUGGUUUAGUUCUGGGGUAGACCUGGUUUAGUUAUGGUUUAAUUAGUUCUGGUUUAGUCCUGAUUUGGGCCUAGUUUUAGACCUGGUUUAGCCCAGGAUUUAGACUAGGAUUCAUCCUGGCUUUACACCUGGUGUAGACGUGGUUUAGUCCUGGUUUACUCCAUGUUUAAUCCUGGUUUACUCCAUGUUUACUCCAUGUUUAAUCCUGGUUUAGUCCUGGUUGCUUCCAAUUCAAUUGACCAAAGUGCCACUGAAUGUCUUUGAUUCAAAAUAGACACCUUUGAAUGGUGCUGUUACUUCUGGUUUAUGUCUAAUUUACUGAACGAAUCCUGUUUCAUUCUAUUUCACAACAGAGAAAUGCAGAUGAUGAUAAUAGUUUGAUAAAUACUUGUGUUGUGUUUGUAUCAUAGUGGGGGAAUGUGUGUAGUAGAAAAUCCUCUAUGUAAAAAUAGCUUCACUCCAAGUUCUGGUAAAUUGUCUUCCAUAUUUUUUUUUACACUUUAAAAUUGCACUAACUCUAAAAGUAACUUAACUCUGCUGUAAAUGUAUGUUACAAAGCCCACGUAUGCUGCUGUUUGCUCCAAGUGGAUGUUUUUGGUAAAUUUUUUUUUAAUGAACACUGUUUUAUUUAACUUUCCUUUAUGUUCUUGUGUCUUUCUACGGAUUAUUUGAACUGUAAACACUGUUGAAAUAAAAUUUUA